CCCGGCCUCACUGCUCCACACCUCAUCUCUCCAUAUUAUAUAAAAACCAGUAAAAUGCCGAAAGCAAUUCAGUGACAGAGCGAGAGAGAGAGAGAAGAGGCAGUCUGGCCGUGAAAUGAAGGACGACAGCCAAGAAAACCCUAAGUCCUCCUCCAAGAAAUCACUGGCGAACAAUUCGAUCGAUAUCUACGCAGUACAGUGUGUGAAAUGCUAUAAGUGGAGGGUGGUUGAUACCCAAGAAGAGUAUGAGGAGAUCAGGAGUAAAUUCACAGAGGAACCCUAUGUUUGCAGCAGAAAACCCGGCAUUUCGUGCAAGGACACCGCUGAUAUAGAGUACGAUGCAUCCCGAACUUGGGUCAUCGACAAGCCCAACAUACCAAAGACUCCCGAAGGUUUCAAGAGGAGCUUGGUUCUUAGAAAGGACUUCUCGAAGUUAGACGCGUACUACAUUUCUCCCUCAGGGAAGAAGAUGAGGACCCGAACGGAAGUUGCAGCUUUCUUGGAGGCAAAUCCUGAGCUGAAAGGGGUCUCCAUAGAAGAUUUCAGCUUCCACUGCCCAAAGGUCAUGGAAGAUACCGUUCCCGAGUAUGUCGAGAAGAAGAUUACUGGCGGUGGCAGUGCUAAUAAGAAGAUGAAGAUGUCAAAGGACAGCGACUGAGGCUUGACGUGACAAGGGAUUGAUUAGGCCACCGAUAUGCUGACGUUUUGUUGCAGAAAGUUUUCGUGUUUGUGAGUGUGGUGGAAUUGUUCCGGGGAGGACUCUUGGGAUGACCAGGUGAGAAUCCUUUCUCAUCUUUAAUUAGGAGUAGCCUUCAUUUUCAGCUCUAGUGAUUUUUUCGUUUGGAUAUAAACUUAGGGAUGACUAGAGAGGGAUUUUGCAUCUUGUAAGUUUGGUAUAAGGAAUGAAGGCAUGCUUCUGGUGGUAAUAUAACACUUUCUAUGCCCUGUUUUCCAUUAUGAGCUGCCUCGUCUUUGUACCCUAACAUUUUAUAUUAUGCCAAACAAUGGAAGUGAAAAUGACCAGACUA